AGAUAUAAUAUAGUCAGAGAGACAGGUAGAGAGUUGAGAGAAUUUUUUGCUUCUCCAAUCCAUACCUGACUUUUUGUUCGAAAAACUUCUCCGGCCUCUUGAAGAGCUAUGGAGGAAAACAAAAUUAUAGGCAUGAACAAGGGAAAGGAAGAUAUGGGGAUUCCAGUUCACAGCCAGGUUAAGAAGAUAAAGCAAGAAUCAGAGAAAAUUGAGGACCGGACGUCGCCGGAGAAGAGACCAGAGCUCAGAGAGAUCACCGCAAAGCAGCAGCUUUCUCGGUCUCCCUUGGGAUUAAGCUGCAGACCCAUCUCCGUUGGCAACAUGUAGGGUCAAGAUCAUUAGAUUUUUACCUAGAAUAAAAUAGAACAUGUUGUCUUUGUGGUUGCUGUCUCAAUAGAAUGGAAAAAAACAGGGGUAUUUUUCCAGGCUAUUUGCUUCAUGCUUACCCCCCUGUUCUUAUCUACUGUAUAUUGAGUCUUUUUCUUCUUCUUUUUCCUUGCCCACCUUUGUAAAUAGUCUUUGGGAUUAUAUGAGGAUGGUGUCUUCUUGAUUGAUAUCUCAAUUUUGAUAGAUUUUGCAAUUUUGGCGCCCGGUCAAUGGGUAAGACACUAGUUGCAAAAUUUCGUGUUCAAAUAUCUUAAUCCACGUGCCAACUGCACAUUGGU